AUGGUCAGUGACUUCUUCUUUCCUCAACCAGGGGGAAUCGAAAGUCACAUCUACCAAUUGUCGACCAAACUGAUCGAUCGUGGACACAAAGUGAUUAUCAUCACUCACGCAUACAAAGGUCGGACAGGUGUCCGCUACCUCACAAACGGCUUGAAGAUCUACCACGUCCCCUUCUUCAUCAUCUAUCGCGAGACGACUUUCCCUACCGUCUUUUCAUUCUUUCCCAUUUUCCGCAACAUUGUCAUUCGAGAGCAAAUCGAGAUCGUCCACGGCCAUGCCAGUCUCAGUAGCUUCUGUGGAGAAGCUAUUCUCCACGCGCGGACAAUGGGUCUCCGAACUGUCUUUACGGACCACUCCCUCUUUGGAUUUGCCGAUGCAGCUUCAAUCCUCACGAAUAAGCUACUCAAGUUCACUCUUAGCGAUGUCGAUCAUGCGAUCUGCGUCAGCCAUACUUGCAAGGAAAAUACCGUGCUUCGAGCCUCGUUAGAUCCUCUAAUGGUUUCCGUGAUUCCUAAUGCCGUCGUUGCGGAGAAUUUCCGUCCGUUAUCAUAUACCCCUCGUGCUCUUGACCAGAUCCCAAGCUCCCCCGGCGACCCUCGACCAUCCCCCACACCAAUUGGGCCCGACGACACCAUUACGAUCGUGGUCAUCUCCCGUCUCUUCUACAAUAAGGGCACAGAUCUUUUGAUCGCGGCGAUUCCGCGAAUCCUUGCUUCUAACCCUAACACACGCUUUAUCAUCGCGGGGUCCGGGCCUAAGGCGAUCGACCUAGAACAAAUGCUGGAACGUAACGUGCUCCAGGAUAAAGUUGAAAUGCUUGGCUCGGUUCGACACGAAGAGGUGCGGGACGUUAUGGUCCGAGGCCAUAUCUACCUCCAUCCCAGUUUGACAGAGGCAUUUGGGACGGUUAUUGUCGAAGCUGCUAGUUGCGGGUUAUAUGUGGUUUGCACCCGUGUCGGUGGUAUUCCAGAGGUUCUCCCCCAACAUAUGACCACGUUCGCUAAACCAGAAGAGGACGAUCUGGUAGUUGCAACCAGCAAGGCUAUCGCCGCACUGCGUUCGAACAAGGUGCGAACAGACCGGUUUCAUGACCAGGUCAAGAUGAUGUAUUCCUGGCGGGACGUGGCCCAGCGCACUGAGAGGGUCUACCAAGGUAUCAUGGGCGACAUCAGCCCGGAAGAGUUCUAUGGCUACUACCCCGGUCAGGGUUGGGAAGCCAGUGGAGACCGAGUGCGAAGCUUCGCAUUGAUUGAUCGUCUGAAACGGUACUACGGCUGCGGUGUCUGGGCCGGUAAACUGUUCUGUCUGUGCGUGGUCAUUGACUUUUUGAUUUACGUUUUCCUCGAGAUGUGGUUUCCUCGGGCGAACAUCGACAUUGCCAGAAGCUGGCCAAAGAAGCAAUUGGACGAGAAAUCCCAAGUAUCGACUACCGCCCGGAGUAGUCGGUGA